ACAGCUGAUCAACAGACUUCAGAAAGCCCAACGCCUUCAGACGGAGCAGCUGCGAUAUAAAGCAAGAGAGAGCUGAGCAAACAGGCUGACGCACACUCAGCUCUUUACUGCCCUUUCUGUGUCUUACGGGUUAUAGAAGCAUAUCGAAAACUAGAGGACGAGUUAGUUUACACUUAAAGCCCAAACCUGGAAGAUAAGAUCAUCGUUGCAGGUCCUGAAGGAAGGAGGCACGUUAAAGAGAAGAUCUGCGGAGCUGUCCAGUGCUGAAAACUGACCGCUGACGCGGGAGCUGUCCAGUGCUGAAGUUGCAUUUCUUCCGUCGCGCUGCAUCAACACAACGCAAUAAAGGGCUCGCGGGUCCACCGUAACCCUGUGCUGGCAUCCUAACCUUGGCAUUACCGAAAAGGAGCAAUACAGGACGCAUUUUCACCCAGCGUUGCAUGAAGAAAGAAAGAGAUUCGACCUGCGGACGAGUGCUUUUUUUUAUUAUUAUUCUUCAACGUUGAAACAUGCCAAGGUCUUUCCUGGUCAAAAAGGUUAAGCUUGAUGAUUUCUCAUCCGCUGAUUUUGAGAGCUCCUAUGGCAGAUCCAGGACAGACCUCAGCCUGCGCUUUCAUGAGAAAGGAUACAUCAGUGACUACAUGACCCCGGUCGUGUAUGACGCCGAAAGCGACAGUGGCAUCAAAGUACCCUCCCCCGGACCCAUCUACGACAGCAUCCACAGUGAUGACUAUGGAGCCCCGGACUCGGAUCAGCCUGACAGCCCACAAUCUGAGAUCUCAUCCGGCUACAUCAACGGAGACAACGCCGUCAGCGAGGGCUACACGGUGGACGCAUUCUUCAUCACGGACGGGAGGUCAAGGAGAAAAGCCAUCAGCAGUCCACGCACCCUUCAGAGGCACUCGUGUAACGAGUGCGGAAAGACAUACGCCACGUCUUCCAACCUGAGCCGACACAAGCAAACGCACCGGAGCAUGGACAGCAAAAUGGCCAAAAAGUGCCCCACCUGCGGGAAGGUGUACGUCUCCAUGCCGGCCAUGGCCAUGCAUUUGUUGACCCACGACCUCAAGCACAAGUGUGACAUAUGCGCAAAGGCCUUCAGCAGGCCUUGGCUUUUACAGGGACACAUGCGCUCUCAUACGGGCGAGAAGCCGUUCGGAUGCGCGCACUGCGGGAAGGCGUUCGCCGACCGCUCCAACCUUCGCGCCCACAUGCAGACUCACUCGGCCUUUAAGCACUACAAGUGCAAGAGAUGCAACAAGACAUUCGCUCUAAAGUCCUACCUGAAUAAGCACUACGAGUCGGCCUGCUUCAAGGGAGCUUUUGCGCCUCUGAGCCCUCUGGAUGCGUGAAAAUACGCAUCGAACUUGAAAUACUCUUAAAAAUAAAGGUUCUUUUUUGGCAUGUGUGGUUCCAUGGGAACCUUUAACAUCCAUUGAGCCUUCUCAUUGUAGUGAAAAAAAGGUUCUUUAGACUAUUAAAAUAGGUUCUUCAAAAAUGGUUCUUCCAUCGUUACGAAAACACACUGUUGGAACCUUUAUUUUUAAAGGAAAAUUCCGGGUUCAAUGCCAGUUAAGCUCAAUCGACUGCUUUUUUAUUUUUAUUUAAAAUAUUUUGGGGCCAUAAUGUUGAUGACCACAAAAAAUCUUUUUGACUUGUUCCUCAUUUUCUUUAAAAAAAAAUACAUUAUAAAAAAUAGAAUUGAGUUUACAGUGAGACACUUACAAUGGAAGUCAAUGGGGUUUAAUCUGUAAACAUUAAAAUACUCACGGUUUCAACAGUAUAGACACAAGAUUUAAACAAUAUGUGUUUUAAAAUGAUUUCACUGUGAUACAAUCACUUACUAACCUUGGAGUUAACCAUUAAAUCCAAUUUUACAACGCUGUUACCAUGAUGGUGUAAUGCCAUAAUCCCUAAAUUCUAAAAUGACCACAAAAACGACAAUUUAACAACUUUACAGUUCAAAUAAUACUCACGUUUUAACAGAAGAAUUAACGUAAGUGCUUUAAUAAAAUUAUAAGCUUCACAUUUCUGCCUUUAAACCUCCAAAAAUUGGCCCCAUUGACUUCCAUUGUAAGUGCCUCACUGUUACCUCACUCUUUUUUAAAGAAAAGGAGGAUCUAGUCAGAUUUUUUUGGUGGUAGUGCCACAAAUGCUGUUGAUUGAGCUUUACUUGUACUGAACCCAAAAACUUACAGUACCUUCAAGAGUGAACUUUACACACCUGAUGACCUGAAUACAACUAGUUGACAGCACAUCAUGGAAAACCAUGGAUUAAUCGCAUGUACCUUAACUUUUCUUUUUUAAGUGUACUCUCUCACACAUCCUCAGCCGAAUUAUCACCUGUUGAGACAUUGAAAAUGUCAUUAUUUCUCUCAAAAAGGUCAAACUUUUCUCUAAGUAUUGGAUAAUGUUGUACCGCUGAAGCCAAUGGCCACAAAAGUGUUCAGCAUUGAGGUAAAACUAUUUAUUCAUUCCCUUAUUUAUGUACUAUUUAUAUGUUUAUUUAUUUAUUUCCUAAAACCAACUGUGGACGAUCUUGAUUUGCACUUUAAUUUAGUGUUCCGUUGCCAAGCCUUUACCAUCAGUACGCCAAAGCAUUUGCCACUUUCUAAAUACCUUAUUUUUGUUUGCCACUUUAUAAAUUUGUUGCAUGCAAAAACAUACCUACUACUAGCCUAAUGACAUCUAUGCCAAUGUUAUGAAGCUUUGGAUUUUUUGCCAAAACCUAGAUAGCAUCUGUCAUCUGCAAUAUUUCUCGGGCGUCAUGAUGAUGAAGAAUAGAGCAAUAAUGCAUGGUAUUUUUAAAAGCUAAAGCGAGUAAUAACUAUAGCAUUUUUAAUCACGAUUUUAUCCGAUACCAUCCGUAGACAUUCAGAAGUUCAAUAUCAGGGAAAUGCCAGAGUAGUACUAGCGGAUACUUC